UUAUAAUAACAUACUAGAAAAUAAUUAAAUAAGAACAUACCCAUUUUUGGCACAAGAACCGGGUAGCAAUAUUGCUACCUCAAUUUUUUGCUACCCCAUUUUUUAAAACCUCCACUAUGGCACUACCUCCAAAAAAGCCCACCAUAGUGGUUAGUGGAUGCUUAAGAGAAAAUAUUGCGUAGUGCAUGAAUCAAUUAUGUUGUCUGGAAAUAUUCAGCCCCCGACUCGAAUGCCUAGAUUAUGGGUUGGGAUCCUCAAACACAUUAAUAGACCCCAAACACAAAGAAAGCAAGAUUAAAACACACACACACACACACACAAACACACAAAAUGGAUCCUCUUUCUUCUUCCUCUUCCAGCUAUAAGCCUCACAUAGCUGUGUUUCCUUUCAUGUCAAAGGGCCACACCAUUCCUCUCCUCCACCUAGCACAGCUCCUCCUCGACCGCGGCCUUGCCACCGUAACCAUCUUCACCACCCCUGCAAACCAUCCAUUCAUAUCUCAAUCUCUCGCCGGAGCUCAUGUUUCCAUUGUCGACCUGCCAUUCCCUCACAACAUCCAAGGUGUCCCACCGGGAGCCGAGAGCACAGACAGGCUCCCAUCCAUGGCUCUCUUUAUACCAUUCGUUCGAGGCCUCGAGCUCAUGCAGCCUGCAUUCGAGCAAGAGCUAGAGAAGAUCCAUUCAAAAGUAACCUGCAUCAUAUCAGAUGGCUUCCUCUCAUGGACCCUCGAAUCAGCAUCGAGGUUUGGCAUACCGCGGCUUAGUUACUACGGCAUGAGCUACUAUUCCAUGGCAGUGAGUCGCGACGCAGCCUUCAGCGGCCUCAUGUCUUCACCUGAAACAGAUGAUGAGCCCUUCACGGUCAAAAGCUUUCCUUGGAUUCAGCUAACAAGGAAUGAUUUUGAUGAGCCGUUUAGUAGGCGGGAUCCGAGUGGUCCUCAUUUAGAUUUCAUCUUUAAGGCAGCCACAGCAACUGAAAAUAGCUAUGGCUUGCUGGCAAACAGCUUCUAUGAGCUCGAGCAACUAUUUGCUGACUACUGCAACCACAACUGCCGCGUGGGAACAUGGAGCAUCGGGCCCCUCUGCUUGGCGAAACUGCAGAAAAACAAAAUCUUACAGUCUGAGAAGCCUGGAUGGAUGCAUUGGCUCGACCAGAAGUUGGCCCAAGAACACCCAGUCCUCUACAUCGCAUUCGGGUCUCAAGCAAGCAUCUCACCAACACAGCUGCAAGAGAUAGCUCUUGGCUUGGAAGGGGCAGAGGUGAGCUUCUUAUGGGUGGUAAAGAAGAGAGACAUGGAACUACUAAGCGACGACUUUCAAUCCACGGUAAGUGAAAGAGGAAUCAUAGUAACAGAUUGGGUUAAUCAAGAAGAGAUUCUUGAGCAUCCAAUUGUACAGGGCUUCUUGUGUCACUGUGGCUGGAACUCGGUCUUGGACGGAAUAUGUGCAGGAGUUCCCAUUCUGGCGUGGCCGAUGAUGGCCGAGCAAGGUCUCAACGCAAAGAUGGUAGUCGAAGAGAUAAAAGUUGGUUUGAGGGUUGCUACAGUCGAUGGAAGAUCAAAAGGAUUCGUCACUGCAAACAACUUGAAGAGCGCAGUGAGAGAGCUAAUGGGCAGUGGAAAGGGAAAACAGUUAAGGGAGAGGGUGAAGGAGAUUGCUGAGGCCGCCAUGAAAGCUACGAGCGAAGGUGGCUCUUCAUGGAAUGCACUAAACAACCUCAUCAGCGAGAUACAGAGGGAGAAGGAAAUCAACAGUUCGAAGCUCAAGCACAGUUGAUAUCUGCGCAAAAUAAGCAUUGUAUUAAGAAUUAGAAAGUAGUACACUAACACAACAAUCCUAACUCCGGUCAAUAAUGUCAAGUAUGACACUUUAAAGAAUAAAACAGAGUAUUUCUUAGUC